CUUUUAAAAAUGGCCAAAACAUUCAACCUUUCCUCAGCCCUCGCCGUUUUUCUAGUCCUAGAAAUGGCGUUUCUAACCCAUGCACGGCCGCUGGGAACGCCGAAGCCAACCCUCGCAGCUCGCCUGAAAUUGGAUGCUGACUCACCGAGUUGCUGGGAAUCGUUGACCCAGAUUCAAUCAUGUAGCGGGGAAGUUAUCUUGUUCUUCCUCAACGGUGAAACUUACCUCGGCAAUGCAUGUUGCCACGCUAUUCAUACGAUUAGCCAUCAAUGUUGGCCGGACAUGAUGGAAACCCUGGGGUAUACGACGGAAGAAGGUGACAUACUUGAAGGAUACUGCGACCAAGAAAUUGCUGACUCACCUCCUUCUCUGCCGUCUGUGAAGGCUGGCGUGGCUGUUCCGGCGAAGGGUCUGCUUUCUUGAGUGGGAGUUACCCUUGUGUUUACUGUUUAGUCACUCGUUGAAUAAAUUUUUAUGAAGUUUUAUGGGUCUUGUUGUCAGCAAAUGG